CUGAAGGAAUCGUAGUUUACGAUUGAGCGUUGGAACCCGAAGAGCUCGUUGUUCGGCUUGAUUACCGACGUGAUUAGUGAAGUUCUGUGCUAUAACAUAGCACAUUUUGUUUUGUUAGAUCUUAGAAUAUUUUCGGGUAGACUUUGAUAGAAACAGUAUCAAAUCUCAGACAAAGAAUGAAAUCUUUAGUAGUAGUUUGGAUAGCCUUAAUCAUAAGUGUGCAUGGACAAAGAGAAAAUCAAAAAUGUGCUCAGAAUGGAGAAUAUUGCCUGACCCACAAUGACUGCUGCUCGAGAAGUUGCCUGAGCUUUUCUUACAAGUGCGUUCCUGUUCCACCAAGUGCCUCUGUGGGAUCAACAGUGAUACCAGUGUCGAACACAUUCGAAAAUAGAUUUGGCGGUUCUGGAGGCGAUGGCGGUGCCAGUUUAACUCAAAAAACUUGUGCUUUAGAGGGAGAGUAUUGUCUCACUCAUGGCGAAUGUUGCUCGGGGAACUGCCUGUUUUUCUCUUAUAAAUGUGUAAAAUUAAACAACCCGAACUCAUCGGAUGUUUUUCCCACACGCGAGCCAUCUACGUCUGUUACACCGAUAGACUUGUCAAAUCGUGUUGGAGAAGAUUCUCUUGCUGUGACCAGUACAACCGCAAAACCGUCGAAUGCUUCGACAGGAAUAAAAAAAUGUUCUGAAAUUGGUGAAUAUUGCCUUACACCUAAUGAUUGUUGCUCCGGAAGCUGCUUGAGCUUUUCUUAUAAAUGUGUUACCAACAAUGUUUUGAAAGGGCCAUCGAACCAGCAACAAUCAGAUCAGGUAUCAGGAGCGAUCCAAAAUCGUUUCGGUGCAUCUAGCUUACCAAAUGCAACCACAUGUGCAGCUGUUGGAGAAUAUUGCUUAACUUCAUCUGAAUGCUGUUCUAGAAGUUGUCUUAGUUUUGCGUAUAAAUGCGUAAAUUCAUAUGAGCUUAUGACACCUCAACCUCAAAAUAAAGAACCCACAUCAAUUACAACUGCUAACCGGUUUGGUGGUUCAGUCACCUCCGUCAACCCUCCAAGCACUGCAAAGCAAUGUAUUUCAAAUGGGUUUUAUUGCUUAAACAACAACGAAUGCUGUUCUAAUGCUUGUUUUAAAUCUGUUUGCUCAACUGAAAUUCGUUUGGGUGUAGCAGAGACUAUUUUAACGCAACCAUCAGUUGCUAAUGGGCCAUAUGUUCCAGUGCGUGACCUGGACGAUCUUAUCACAAGAUUCGGAGGACAAACGACACAAGAAAGUCACCAGCAUCAGCGAGCAUGUAUGGCAAUAGGUGAUAGAUGCAACAACCAUGGAGAUUGCUGUUCAAAAAAUUGUCAUUCUUAUCGCCGAAAAUGCGUCAACUAGAUCAUUCAUAUAUAUGCUAGAAAUUGUUAUGUGUUAUAAAACGAACAUAUAUACAAAUUUAUCUUUUUGAGGAAACAAUAACAAGUUUGAUGGUACAAAUUUCUGGACACUUCAAACAUCUUCAAACAUCUUCUGAUUAUAAGAUUAAUCAUAAGUAUUUGGCAAUAAAAUAAGGGGUAAAUACCCGUUACUUGGCACCAAAAAAAAUUAAUUUAAGCGGUGUGCAGUACUUAA